AUGGCAUGGUCAUUUCCACCAGAGAUAACUGGCCAUAUUGUAUCACUUCUUGCCAAUCCGUUGACCCACAUAAACAGCAAGCUCGAAUUGGCUCAAUAUGCUUCAGUGAAUCGCGACUGGCAGGCCAGUGUCGAAGAGCGAAGCUGGGCGACACUACGAGUCAAGACAGGAACUCCGUUGGAUCUAGAUCAAUUUGAAAAAUUGACAAACGAUCCACGACGACAGUCAUAUAUCAGGAACAUCGAGUUGAUCGUGGGGCUAGAACCUUAUGAUGAAGCUGCCCGAGCUCAAUUCGAGACAGAAUCUGAGCAUGAGCGCAAUGAUCAGAUUUUCUCCGAAGCAAUCCGCUCAUUCCUUCAUAUCAUCGUGAAGUGGCAAGCCAAUAAGCCGGGGACUUCACUGCCAGGGAUCUCGCUUUCCAUUCGAGCCCAGUCCCCUAGCGAUCUGGUCGCUAGCUCAAAUAGACUCAGGCGAAAAAAGGCCGCCCGUGCCGAGCGGAUUAAAGAUAUUUUAAACCGCAGGUUUGAGAAAAACUAUCUUCGGCUUGAUGCAUUUGAGACUCAGGUAGAGCCACUCGGGAUUGUGCAUACUCUCACAAUAGAGGCGUUAUCCGAUAGACGGCAGAUCGAGGCGGCUACUUGCGCUCGUCUUGCCUCUCAAUUCCCUUGCCUACAUACACUCAACUUGUCAUUGAAUGACACCUGCAAACGCGAUAAGAGCCUAAGAAAACGCAACCGUGACGAACUCGCUGCUCAUAUUCACCUUUUGCCGUCGAGCAUAAAAACCUUCAACUUCACUUUUGACAAUGAACCACCUCAGGAUCACAACUUCUCCCCAGAUAACAUCACAGACCAAGGCAUGGAUGCUCUCAGCUCGCAACUACAUGUAUUCUCUCAACAAUUAGAGAAACUCGGUCUUUACGGGAUCACAAUUGGAAAUGGGCUUUUCUGGCAACCGGGAUCAAGCGACAAGCGUCCAUCAUGGCCCAAUCUGACAACCAUCGAUAUUCAAUACACACCCUCAACUCCGUCCGGGAAAUGGCUCUUUGUUGAUCGCUCUGACCGCGAUGAGUAUGAUCACUAUGGUUCUUCAGAUUCCGAUCCACAUAAUGAAUUUCCGGAGUACGUGAGAACAGUACUCGAAGAUCGCAGCGGCAAGCCUUUCAGAGAAGUCAGUGUACCGGGUCUCUUCAAUGAAUUGUAUAUGGCUGUGGGUCAGGCAGCGUUAUGUAUGCCAAAAUUGGAAUUCCUAAGCAUGGAAACGGAGUCAGGAAGAGGCCAUCAUCGGUUCAGAUAUUCCUCGGAAGACGAGGCAUACGCAAACUGGUCUGACCUUCUCGGAUUCCAGCCUGAAGAAAGGGUUCUGAACUUGUGGAAGCAAGUGGCUUCCAGACAUACCGGUGGAGAUCUCACAGUCAAUGUGUGCAAUGAUUAA